AUGUCGCUGCCCCUUGCGGGUGAGACCGCCAGUUUGCCCCCAGGCACUGUGAAGCUUGAACAAGGUGACUGUAAGAAGUUGAUUCUUCACCCAGCUCCAACAACAGACCCAAAUGAUCCUCUGAACUGGUCCGGCUCACGCAAGGCGGUCAACUUUUCGCUCGUAUGCCUAUAUACGUUGCUCACUUUUGUUCAGCUCGACGUUGGAUUUACGGCCUGGGACCAGUACUCUGAUGAGUUGGGAUUCAACGAAGACACUCUCAAUGGUUCAACAGCUGCCAAUUAUCUAGGACUUGCGCUUGGCUGCAUCGCCUUUAUCCCGCUCGUCCACAAGAUUGGCCGGCGCCCGGUCUACUUGUUUAGCACAGUGCUCCAGUUUGUGUCGUGCAUUUGGUCGGCGCGCACGAAUACCGUGGGCGACUUGUACGGCAGCAAUGUCGUUUCUGGAAUUGGCGGUGCCAUUAGUGAAACGAUUGUCCAAAUCACCAUUGCUGAUUUGUUCUUUAUUCACCACCACGCAACUGUCAAUGGCCUCGCGCUGCUAGCCACCUUUACUGGUGCCUAUCUCGGACCCGUAGCCUCUGGUUACAUCGUCGAGAGCGAGGGAUGGCGAUGGGUUUGGUGGUGGUGCACGGUUCUAUUCGGCAUCAACGUGAUACUGGUUCUUUUCUUCUUUGAGGAAACAAAGUACGUGUUUACCGAGUGGCGGUCCGGAGGAACAACGCAAAGCCUGGUCGCCAACACCCUCGACUCUGAAGCAGACGUGCGGGAGACUGAGCUCAGCCGAAAUGAAGGGCAGAAUAAGAUUGAUACAUCGAUUCCCGUCAGGUCGUUUCGACAACGACUUGCGUUUUUUACGGUGACUGAGGGAUCGAUUUUGCAUGAUGUGUAUGAGCCGCUCAUCAUCCUCGUUACUUUCCCAGCCAUCACAUACACGGCAAUUGCUUAUGGCGUACUACUCGCCUGGUUCGCCGUUCUCAUCUCCGUGCAAGCGACAUAUAUGUUUGAUCCGCCCUACAACUUCACGUCAAUUGGCGUCGGGUUGAUGAACAUUGCACCUUUUGUUGCGUCGAUCCCAGGUGUUGUAUAUGGAGGCUAUUUGAACGACAAGUUGAUUCUAUGGCUUGCGCACCGCAACCAUGGAGUGUAUGAGCCGGAAAUGCGUUUGUGGAUGAUACUUCCACUGGCCGUCAUUGCCCCUGCCGGCAUCCUCAUGUUUGGACUGGGACUUGACUCUGGUGCCCCCUGGCCGCUUCUAGCUGUGGGCUUUGGUCUGUACGGGUUUUGUCUCACUGCAGGUGGCAUUGUUUCAUUGGCAUACGCGAUGGACUGUUACCACGACGUCAUUGGAAAUGCGCUCGUUGGCGUCACCCUUAUUCGAAACUUGCUCACAGUCGGCAUUUUAUUUGCUCUGACCCCCUGGUUAGAUGGCAUGGGCAUCCGGGACACGCACAUCCUCAUAUCUGUCCUUACAGUUCUUAUUCUUGUCGGGCCUCUUGGUCUCAUCAUUUGGGGGAGGAGAGCCAGAAUCAGUACGGCUGCGUCAUAUAAGCGAAUGGCUAUGCGGCAGCCUACCAGGCGAAACAAGCACUGA